AUGGGGUCUAGUAAUGUACCGUACAAGUUUGCAAUUCUUCAGAAUUAUGCCGACAGUGCUCGUCCAGGCCCCACUAUCAGCGGCAGUCUGACGAAUCUUAUCCACCACUCAUACCCUGAUGCCGCCGUGUCGGUGUUCAGGCCAAUUCAAGGCGAAGCGUUCCCCGACCUCGCCAGUUAUGACUUGGUCAUCCUCACGGGUGGCAGGUUCAACCUGUUGGAUACGACUCCGAAACCAUCGUGGGUGGAGGACACACUCGCAUACAUUAGGAAGAGUGCCGCCGACAGUUCCGCACCCAAACUGCUUGGUAUCUGCUGGGGCCACCAAGCGAUAUCCCUUUAA